CCGACAGAGGAGCGCGAAGCCCGCGGAGGCCGUCACACGCUCCGGCUCUCUGCGAGUCUGCGCGGAUUUCAGUCUGCGCGGCGGGGCAACAUGAUAACGACGCCAAACGUGGGGGUCUUCCUGUGGACCCUGGCAGCUCUGUCAGCCACCGGAGCAGGUUCGUCGAGGACAAGAGGGCGCCACAAAACCUCUAUUUGGACUUCCUCCUCUUCGUCCGCCUUCUCCUCCGUGGUUUCGUUGUCCUCUUCCUUUGAAGGUUCAGGUGGGAUCUGUCUUCACGGAGGCACCUCUGUCCCAUCCUUGACCACCGGUGAACACAUGUUUUGCUUGUGUGCCGAGGGUUUUGAGGGGAGACGGUGUGAAACGGUUCCUUUAGGCGCAGGUCCUCACUGCUACGAGGGUCUAGGAGUUUUCUACAGAGGCAGAGUGUCUAGGUCGAAGAGCGGACGGACGUGUGAGGAGUGGGAUUCGGACGCCAGGGAGCGAUUCAUGUCCUCGGAUGUCAAUUCAGGGAGGCACAACUACUGCAGAAAUCUUUACUACAGACGGCGUCCGUGGUGUUAUGUUUGGAGAAACCAGCAGCUGGUGUGGGAGUAUUGUGAUAUCCCACAUUGUAUCUCAGAGACAUCUCCACCUUUGCCUGCACCCACAGAGCCACAGCCGGAGUCGACGUGUGGCCAGCGCACCAGAAGAAAGCAGAUGAAGAUUGUGGGUGGAACAGUUGCCACUGUGGAAUCUCAGCCGUGGAUCGCUGCCAUAUUUUGGCGAACCAAGUCCAAGAAGAAGGUUUUCCGCUGUGGGGGGAGUCUGAUCUCCGCCUGCUGGGUCCUCACGGCCGCUCACUGCUUCCCCGACGGCUCCCACGCCAAAGAGCACCGCUUCUCCGUCACCCUGGGGAAAAAUGCUCUGAAUGAGACCGACCCGACUGUGGAGCAGACGUUCAGGGUGGAAGAAAUCAUCGUCCAUGAAGAGUUUGACAACAGCGAGGGCAACUUCAAAAACGACAUCGCCCUGGUGAAGCUGAGGGCCAGACGUGGUGAGUGCGCAGUGGAGAGUAAGUCGGUGAAGACCGUCUGCCUGCCGCCGGCUCGGCAGAGCCUCCAGCCCGGCGUCGCCUGUGAGAUCACAGGAUAUGGGAAAGAGAAACACGGUUUGUGGUACAAGUCUCAGUACCUCAGAGAGGCUCAGGUGAACGUCCUCGCUGACGCCGUGUGUCGACAGAAGGAAUAUUAUGAAAACAUGAUCACCGAAAACAUGUUCUGUGCCGGUCGUCCCGACUGGAGCCAAGACGCCUGCGAGGGAGACUCCGGAGGGCCUCUGGUGUGCGAGGUCGACAACAGGUUCUUCCUGUUCGGAGUUAUCAGCUGGGGCGAAGGCUGCGCCAAGGAGUUUCGACCCGGCGUUUACACCAGAGUGACCAAUUAUAACCGAUGGAUAGCGGAGAAGGCGGGUCUGACAUCCAUCGCUGCCGGAGAGAAGGCGGGUCUGACAUCCAUCGCUGCCGGAGCCCCGCGGGCUCGGAAGUGAACCUUCGAGCUGAGGAUAUGAACUGCUGCUGUUUUUCCUUGUUUUCUU